AAGAGAUAAACAAGCCCCAAAGAGAUCCUCCACUUUCUGCUUCACUCUGUGUGUGUGUGUGUGAGAGAGAGAGAGAGAGAGAGAACUGGUACAUUGUAGUUAAACUGUUGUGUUGGAGAAUCUCUUGGGCUAAGUUUCUGGAAGCUAUUUUCAGCUAGUCACUGUAUCUUGGAUCUAUUUCUUUGUCUUAAUUCAAAUGAUCUCUUAAAAAAAAAAAAAAGAGAAUCUCUUGGGCUUAAAAUAUUAUAAAUUCAUUCUUGGCUAUAAAUAAGCGCUUGCCGAGAUACAUUCCCCACAAUCCUGGCUGCUUUGUUUUGAGAGAGAGAGAGAGACAGAGAGAAGUAUGGAAAGAUCAUCGGAGGCAAUCAAGAAGGUUAGGGCAGCAAUAUGGCUUCUCCUCCUUCUGGUCUCUGUUGGGAUUGUUUUCAUCUGGAUCAUGAUGCCCACCAACACAUACAGGCAGAAAUGGUUGCCUGAAAUCCGAGCGAAGAUUGAUUCAACCACAUAUUUCGGCCGACAAGGAGAUAAACUCCUCAUGUUCACAUUCCCAGUCUUAUUCAUUGCUUCCUUGGGCUGUGUUUAUCUUCAUUUGGGGAAGAAACGUGUUGCGAGCGAGACCAACCAUCACCGGCGAUUGGCGAAAUGGUCAAGACCGGUGCUAAUGAAAGGUCCUCUAGGGAUUGUUUCAUGGACAGAGCUAGCCUUUCUCUCCAUGUUCAUUGCACUCUUAGUCUGGUCCUUAUCCACAUAUUUGCACUUGAGCUUCAACGAGAUAACUGCACAAUCAGCUUCGGAGGAUGGGGAGAAAGUGUGGGAAGCAAAGCUGGACAGUACAGCUCUAUUUCUAGGCGUUGUUGGUAACAUAUGUCUUGCCUUUUUAUUCUUCCCAGUGACCCGAGGAUCGUCGGUCUUGCCGCUCGUCGGGCUCACGUCUGAGGCCAGCAUCAAGUAUCAUAUAUUGCUUGGACAUAUAGUUAUGACCUUUUUCACUGCUCAUGGCCUUUGUUACAUCAUCUAUUGGGCUUCAACCCAUCAAAUCUCGGAGAUGCUAAAGUGGGAUAAAGUUGGAGUAUCAAAUAUUGCAGGAGAGGUGUCUUUACUCUCUGGACUAGUCUUGUGGGCAACUACCUUCCCUCGCAUAAGGCGAAAAAUGUUUGAGCUCUUCUUCUAUACCCAUCACUUCUACAUCCUCUUCAUCAUCUUCUUCAUAUUACAUGUCGGGAUUGUAUAUGCUUGCAUGAUGCUACCAUGUUUUUACCUAUUCUUGGUUGAUCGUUACUUGCGAUUCUUGCAAUCUAGAAAAAGCAUUCGCUUAGUCUCCGCUCGUGUUUUAUCUUGUGAAACCGUCGAAUUGAACUUCUCCAAGAGCCCAGGGAUGAGCUACACUCCUAUGAGCACUGUGUUCAUCAAUGUGCCUAGCAUUUCAAAGCUACAAUGGCAUCCUUUUACUGUAACUUCCAACAGUAAUAUGGAUCAGGAUAAGCUAAGUGUGGUGGUGAAAAGUGAAGGAAGUUGGACCAAAAAACUUUACCAAAUGCUUUCAUGUCCCUCACCUGUGCCCCAUCUUGUCGUCUCUAUUGAAGGACCCUACGGACCUGCAUCUACUAGUUUCAUUAGACAUGACAUGGUUGUGAUGGUAAGUGGAGGAAGCGGCAUUACAUCAUUCAUCUCUAUAAUUAGAGAGCUCUUGUUUAAAACCAAGUUAGGGUUUAAGUCUCCCAGUGUUCUCCUUGUUUGUGCUUUCAAGAACUCUUCUAGUCUUGCAGUGCUAGACUUACUCCUACCAAUGUCAGGGACCCUGACUGACAUUUCUUCUUUGCAACUACAAAUUGAAGCCUAUGUAACAAGAGAGGAAGAGCCCAAAUCAGACCCCCAAAAACAAAUCAGGUUCCUAUGCUUCAAGCCCAAUGUGACUGAUGCUCCCAUCUCUGCGAUACUUGGCCCAAACAGCUGGCUUUGGCUUGGAGCUAUAAUCUCCUCUUCUUUCAUUAUUUUCCUUCUAUUCUUGGGAUUACUGAUGCGUUACUACAUAUACCCAAUUGAUCACAACACCAACAACGUCUAUUCUUAUACCCCAAGAGCUCUUUUGAACAUGUUAUUCCUAUGUACUUUCAUAGCUAUGACAGCUAGUGUAGCCUUUCUUUGGAACAAGAAGCAAAUAGCACUGGAAGCGAAACAAAUUCAGAAUGUGGAUGCUCCAACACCGAUGACAUCGCCAUAUUCAGUGUCUUACGACGCAGGUUGCGAUUUGGAAAGUCUCCCUCAUCAGUCCCUUGUUGAUGCUGCUAAGGUGCAUUAUAGAAAAAGACCAAACCUAAAGAAGAUACUGCUUGAGUGUGAAGGAUCAAGAGUUGGAGUUUUAGUUUCUGGCCCGAGGAAGUUACGACAAGAGGUUGCAACAAUUUGUGCAUCUGGUCUUGCAGAGAACCUUCAUUUUGGAUCCACUAGCUUCAGCUGGUAGUUUGUGCAAUCAGGGAAGGAUAUGUAUUAAAUGUUUAGUUAUGUUUAUUAGCAUAUAAAAAAAAAAGCGAUACGCUUGUAAAAAAGUUGUGCCUUUGUGUGUUUUCGUUAGUGUUUCACUAGUUGCCGCAAAUGUAACUUUAUUUCUACCCUAUUCCAUAAUGUGGCAUAUUCUCUCUC